AUGAGGCUCAUCGCCAUAUACUUCCCGGAGCGGGGGGCGUAUACCCCAAAGGAUAUCGAGGAGCUCCGGGAGCUCGAACAGGAGCGCCCAUUUGGGCGUCUCCAUCGUCGGCUUAGUCGCCGCCCCCGUCCCGCCUCGCCCCCGCCCACGCCCACGGCCGAAGACCUCCUAGCCGCAGCAUCAGCUGCUUGCGCCGCGGCGAGUGCCGCCGCCGAGGCCGUCCGCGCGGCCGUCGAAGGCCUACAAGCGCCCAAGCCCGCCGCAACUGGUGCGCCUAAGAUCCCUCCGCUAAGGGCGGACGCAAAGAUGGGGCAUUAA